AGCUUGACGUCAGGUACUCUUGCGCGCGCCACCAUCGAAAGCGCGCUCUAAACUGAAUGUUUCCUUUAUUCUGCUGUGUGGUAGAUGUGUUCCGUAGCGCCGCGACGGUCUGUCGUUUUUUCGUCGCGGGUGAUAGAAUUCGUACUCAAUAUGGAUUUGUUCUAGUGAAGUGAUUCCUAACCCUUUUUUGGAUUAUACCGCUUCUUCGCUUCUUCUGUUUUUGAAUUGCCCCUUUAGCUCUACCGUUACCAGAAACGCCUUCAGAAAUGGUUUCCCGUCGCAGGAUUCUAUCACGGUCACGUGACGAUUUGCAUAUGGAUUCCACAUUUCAACCACAAGAAGACGAAGAGGACGUUUGGUACCAAAAGGAUAAGCUUUACAAGGACCACAUCCAAGAGGUUUUGGACAAAUGGACACAAAUAGACGACGAAAUUUGGGCCAAAGUUAUCGUUCUAGAGCGGAACCGGAGGGUAGCAAAAGCUUACGCAAGAGCUCCAGUCUUGACGGUCAACGGAUCCGACGAUGGAUUCGACGGUUUUCGAAUUGGCCUAUGCGGUUUUGACAAUCCGAUGCGGGACCAGAAAACUGAAGAAUUCAAAAGGCACAUCGGUCAUGGGGUGAAAAUAAAAAUGGACGACGCCGGUAAUAUUCUAAUAAAACGAGUAUCGAAAUGUAACGUUUACAUCAAAAACACGGGUCAAGACGACGAGAACGCGAUAGGAAACGAAAUUCUAAAACUUCCAAACUGCGCGCUAGAACCAGAAAAACCCGUGAAGCUAUUCGAUAUGAAGAAAUUUCAAUCAAAUGUAAAUCGUGAAUUACGUCGUGCUUAUCCUGAUCGUCGAAGAUUGGAAUGUCAGUGUCUGAGUGCAAUAGCUUUUGUAAAAUCGGAACCAGAAUUACUCGAGUGCCCUAUUUGGGUUCUCAUCAUAAACGUCGUAGCCAUGGAUAUGCUAAAAUCGAAACUUCCUCCAGUGCAACGUGUAAUAGAUAUCAAGAACAGACCACGCAUCCCGAUCCCAGAUGAGGAUCCCUACAGCGUUGCAGGUAACGGUAGCGGAUCAUCGGGCAGUUCAGGUUUCGCGGGGGCGAGUAGUGUGGCAGCCACCAGAGAACAACUCCUUUUGCAGAGCCAACAACACGCACAGCGACGCAGUGAGAAACCACCUAAACUACCACCCCGCGAGAAUAUGUAUCCCCAUGACAUACCCAAGCCCGAUUACGACGACCACGAUCACGACAAUACCAGCAAUAGACUCAAGCCUUUCCCGUCUUCGCGGGGCAAGGAAAAAUCAAAAGACAACAAAAAAUACGAUGAUCCCUACUACUGUGGAUUAAGGGCUCGUGUACCAAAUUUCGUAGCUAAAUCAAAAUCGAAAGAGACCGCAACGCCUAAAAGAUUUUCGGUUAGUCAGCAACAGGCGCCGCCCCCUCUGCCCAUGAUGCACCAGCACCACAUGAACCCUCAUCACAUGCACCAACACGCCAUGUGGCAUACAAGAAGUUUCGAAAGUGGUAUAGAUUCUGACGCCGCCGAGUCGCCUUAUAACCAAAUUUACGGACGGUUGCCUAUACCCACAAGGGCGUUCAUUCCAAGUCAGUCUCGUACUAUGUAUAUUGGAGAAUGGGACUAAAUUUGUGUAAAUAUUAGUGUUUCUAACGAAUAUUUGGCAUUUGGGUGAUUCCAACCUUUAUCUAGUUAUACUUAGUCGAGUAAUCGCCAUAUGCCUCUUCAAGACUUUUAUCUAUUUCUACAGGCACCUAUAUUUUAUUUUGAUACUGCCACUAUCUUUGUUUAUAGACUUUUUUAAUAACGAGCUAUGUAUGAUGUAUGUAUCAUUUAUGUUAAACCGCCUUGUAAAUAGUUACAAGAUACUUAAUUUAAGUAAGUAAACUUGAUAAUCUAUUUAAAAUACUCAGUAAGAUAUUGCUAAGAUAUUAUACAAUU